UGGCCAAGAGCGACAGGACAGCGCAUUGAAGUCACCAAAGAGCCACGGGACUUGCUUAAUUUCUUUGAAAAAUAAUUAUUUGUAACAGAGUCCUUGUUUUCAGUUUUAUCAAUAACGUUCGGCGGAGCUUUUGAAGUUUACAACGAAAGGGAAAUAUUGAAUAGGCUUGAUCUUCUUUUCUUUCUGUCGUUUGGAAGCACGCAGGAUAUUUGCGGAAGAGCGCUAUACGCACCUUCAGUAUAAGUGUCUUUGGAGCUGCCAUUCAAGAUGACAGACAUCGUUUCAGCAAUGGAUACAGAGCCAAACUCCCCGGCGAGUGUCCUCGAACUAGAGUCAGAUCAGAGACUCGGUUCUCCUAAGAGUCCACCACUGGACCUGAUUGACACAGGAAAAGGACUGAAGGUACAAACUGCGACCCCUCACCUGGUCAGCCUGGGCAGCGGAAGACUCAGUGUAGCCAUAACUCUACUACCUCUAAAGGAGGGAAUAACACGCAUAGGCCGUGACGAUGCCCCUGUACCUCAGGACAUUGCUAUUGAGGGUCCCGGCAUUGAAGCAGAACACUGCAGGAUUGAGAACAGAGGAGGGGUCAUCACUCUUGACCCAUGCGGGCACCUGUGUUCACUUGAUGGAGUUCCUGUUACCAGGCCCACACAACUCAUGCAAGGUUACACACUCUGUCUGGGUAAGUCCUAUAUCUUUCGCUUUAACCAUCCCGAGGAGGCCAACCGUAUGAAAAGCAUGCUGCCUCAGAAGAGUCCGGUCACUCCGCUGGUCUACAGCACAGAUUAUCUGAAGUUCAGCAGCGACUUCAGUCAUUGUCUAGGUGGCUCUGGCUCUAGAGGGAUGCGCUCCGUCUCUGAACUGCGGGAUUUGAUGGACACUUUACAAAAAAAGAAGCAGGCAUUGGAGAAUAGUUUGCGAGCCAAUGGGGACUCAAGCCCCUCCUACUUUAGCAUGACGCAGUCUCCUCCCACCACACCCAAUCUGCUGUCACCCAUCACCACGUCCUCCCCAAUAUCCUAUCAAGAACAAACCCACCGAUUGUACAGCUCUGAAAGGCCACCACUUGCUGCCAAAGUACCAGCACAUUCAUCCAGCAGCAUGCCUCCAUCUCCUCGUCGUUCUGACCCUCGAGAGCGUGACGCAUCACUUCCUUAUUCUCGACCCAUGACCCAGAACCAAUCUCAGGAUAGUCUCCUCCUCAAUACACCAGACAGUCGUCGUGCUGGGACUUCAGGUUCAGCCCUCUCAAUGUGGAACGGUUCAUCCACCGGUGUGACCGAUUCCCUCCCGCCAACGCCAGUGGGCGGUAGUGGUGCAGCCAGCAUGCCUUCUAGUCCUCGUCUGUCUCGUAGAUUCCACACUCCAGAUGCAGGCCGCAAUGGAGGACUCGAACCCACUCCACGGCAAAGAAAGUACUCCACUGGGUCACUUACAGGCAUGAGCUCGCACAGUCGCUCCCUACCACGCCUCUAUCGACCUACCGACACUCAACUCACCCUCCCACCAAGCUAUCGGUCUCCUGAUGGCCAGCUUUCUCGCCCAACUGGCUCCAACCACCAGAAUGGUCAUUCUGAAUUAGUCUCUAUCUCGCUGUCCAAUAAACCUGGAACCAAACACACCGUAGCCCCACCAGAUGUCACCAUGACAUCGGGAGAAGCCACCAGCCCCCGCCAGGCCAAGAAGGUGAGUUUGACAUCCACCAGCUGCUACUCGGAAGUGGACAGGCAAGCCAUGCGUGGUCCCACACCAGCUCUGGAGAUUGGUCUCGGGGAGAGAAGGCAGUCGUUCGGAAAGGCAGGCCUGGGUCCGCCGAGUGGCUUCAGGGAGAGAAAGGGCAGCAUCAGCUCUCUCAGUGGAAAGGAGGAGCUUCAAGACUACCAUCAGAGACAGAGGGAUGAAAGACUGCGGGAACAGGAAGUGGAGAGACUGGAACGUCAGCGUCUGGAGACUAUCCUUAAUCUGUGUUCCGGGCUUGGCCGUGCAGAGCAGGACAAAACUGGCUUGGCCGUCGCAGACUUGCAGAAGAUCAACAAGGAGCUGGAGAAAUUACAGGUGUCAGAUGAUGAGUCCACGUUCUCAGACUCUGCAAGUCUGUCAGCCAGCAUUUCUGCUGAAAACGACUAUGGGCUUAAAGCCCAGGAGACCCAGGCCAGCGAGGAGAGACAGGUACGGCAGCGCAAGAAUAGUGGACACAGAGAAGCCAAGGCGGAGAAAACAGCUGUCCUUGGCUCUGCUCCCACCCCUUCUCCUCGGCUGACACGGAUAAUAAAGACUGCUGAGGAUGACACACAGCUGAAGCUGGACGUGAGAUGUAUAGAGGAGGAGAGGAUCCAGGUCCUGAACAAUAUGGAAGAGUUAGAGCUGAAGAUCAAAGACCUGGACAACCAGAUGGAGGAGUCCAUCAGAGAGUUGGAAGUGGAGCGCGCUCUGUUGGAAGGCGAGCAGGAUUCGGAGAUGGCUCAGCUACAGCAGGAGAAAGACGCUCUGGAGCAACUGAAAGAGAAGAUGGCUGACAUUGAGAACAAAGCCCAGAUGGAAAAAUCUCAGGACAAAGCCAAGCUAGAUGCGGAGCGUGUAAAGUUAGAGCGACUGGCGCAUCUGCUUGCAGAGCAGAAGACUCAGUUGGACACCUGCCCCGAAGCCUUGAAAGAGCAACUUCAGCUGCAGCUCUGCAGGGAUGCAGAGACGCUUGAGGUGGAGACCAAGCGGUUUGAAGACCUAGAGUUUCAACAGCUGGAACGAGAGAGUCGUCAGGAUGAGGAGAAAGAGACUCAGACCCAACAUAUUCUCAGGGAGAUCGCAGAACACCAGAGGAGCACCGUCACACGGAAGGAGAGGCUGCUGGCCCUGAAGAAACAGUACACCCAGAUUUCCCAGCAGGCUCAGAGGGACAAAGACAACUUUGUGAAGGAAAAGAACAAUCUUCAGAUGAUGCUGCAGCGGGAAAAGGAGAAUCUUGUCAACUUGGAGAAGAAAUAUUCUGAGCUCACUGGGGCAUUGGGUUUCCCUGUCAGUCCCAUCAGUAUGAAGGAGGAUUGCUUCCAGUUGGCCGACGUGUGUCCACCUCAUAGUGAAUUUUGCCAUGCCCAUAAAACCCUGUCUCCACUUCCUGCUGACCUGCUGAUGUUUUCUUCUCUUCUUUCCUCUCUGACUAUCAAAAAUGCUGAGGGCUAUGUUACAGUCAAUGAGAUCAAUGAACUGUACUCUCAGCUGGGGGUAGAUCCCACCCCAGCCCCCCUCCCCACCCAAGCCCAGUCCUCUCCUGACGGCCCUGCCACAGGGACUGACCCCAGCCCUGAACCCAGUCCUGCGGAGAGCACUGCCCCGCCAGGAGAGGGUGAGCAUUUCCGCACCCUAGAAGAAAGGAAGCGGUACGGUAAGGGAGGCGGAGCUCAUUUGAGUGACACUCUUCCUCGGAAGAAGACCCAGCCCACCAUAACCCCACAGUUCACCUGUGCCACACUUGGUCGUAACAUACCCUCUAAAUCCCAUCCCCCUUUAGCUCAAAGCUCCAGCUGUGGGAGUGUGUUGAACCGAGCCCUUGCCAUCUCCCCUAAAGAGACACACAUGGAUACACACCGCCUGCACAAGGGCAAAUCUAAGAAAGGACAUUAUUGCACAGUGGCUGGUCUUUGUGAGCACAGUAAAGGGCCCCAGGGUGCCCCGGGCAGUGCCUGGCCAGAGGAAACUGAGCUGGGCAGCAGGAAUGGAGAAUCUGCUCCUGGGAGUGAUGCUGCACUCUCAGGUAAAGCUGAGAUAGCCCUGAAAACAGGAAGGAUAAGUCAUGUGGUGUUAUUUCAUAGUGAAGGUUUUAAGGAUGAUAUUGCGGAGCCAAGCAGUGAGGUGAAGGUUUUAGGGGGAAAUUUGAACGCCAGCACCUCCAAUGUUUCCAAGAUCGAGGAGAUGGAACGUCUUCUCCGGGAGGCUCAGGCAGAGAAGCACCGGCUCUUGGAACACAGGGAGAGAGAGAUGGAGAAUAAGAGCAGGGCUCUUGAAGAGGAGAGGAGACGGCGAGAAGAGCUAGAAAAACGGCUGCAAGAAGAAACCAGCAGGAGGCAGAAACUCAUCGAGAGAGAGGUGAAACUUCGUGAGAAACAGAGAGCACAGUCUCGUCCCCUCACACGCUACCUACCUGUAAGAAAGGACGACUUCGACCUUCGUGGCCACAUCGACUCGGCCGGCCACAACACAGAGACUUGUUACCACGUCUCCAUCACAGAGAAAACCUGCAGGGGCUUCCUCAUUAAAAUGGGCGGCAAAAUCAAAACCUGGAAGAAGCGCUGGUUUGUCUUCGACCGUAACCGCAGGACCCUGAGCUACUAUGCAGAUAAACACGAGGCCAAACUGAAAGGAGUGAUUUAUUUCCAGGCCAUAGAGGAAGUAUAUUACGACCACUUAAAGAGUGCCCACAAGAGUCCAAACCCUUCACUUACGUUCAGUGUGAAGACUCAUGAUCGCGUUUACUACAUGGUGGCGCCCUCUCCAGAAGCUAUGAGAAUAUGGAUGGAUGUUAUCGUAACGGGGGCAGAGGGAUACACUCAGUUCAUGAUUUAGAUGCUGUCUGCCAGCAGAGAAGGAAUAAUAUGUGCAGUGUGUGGACUCCAAAACCACUGGACUUGAUCUGCACUCUUUCACAUGCUGGUUUCAGUAUUGAUUCCCCCAAACGCUGAACUGAUCUUAUUAUUUUUGCAUUCGUAUCAGUUUUUCAAUCUCAAUCCACAGUAUUGAAGCUUUUCUCUUCGCUGCCUUUAUAUUUUUUUAUGCAACAUGAACUUUUGCUUGGCGGCCCAGAAGAUGGAAUGGAACACAUAUCCUAUAAUUUUGUGUGUAUGUUUGUGCUUGUGUCUUUUGGUAUUUCGUCCGUCUGAUUGUGUGAAGAGAGUAAGACGUGUUAAAUGAUAUUUAGUGCCAGUGUGCCAUGUUGUGUGUGGUCUGUUUGCUACCUUGUGUACAGGGCCUCAGGGACACACACAUUAUAAUAUAAACAGUUGUCAGCUGUUCUGCCAAAGAUGAAAUGCACACUGACCACACGCUAUAGAGUUUAUGUAUAGAUGCGUGUGUUGGUGUUUGCCAGUGCCUUCAGUUCUAUAUUAUACUGAUAUAUGCCUUUAUACUCCACAUUCAGAUUAAUCAAAGGUGCUAUAAGACACGCAUUUGUGGCUAUUUUAACACUACAGUUAUUCAUUACAAAAGUCUCCCAACUUCCGAAACACUAAAGCUGCUUGCCGUUCAGGUAUUACACACGAUAAAACAUCCUCUGUUUAGAAUUAUACUACACAAAGACUAGGUUUUUAGUAUGUCUUAUAAUACUUGAUCAUUUCAUCAUCAUGCAUAUGUAACUUUUGCAUUUUUAUGAACUGUAUUCAAUGCUUUUGACCCGUUUUCAGGCUAUGAUUACUUGUAUUUGGUUUGACAUCAUCAGAAAACGAAAAAUGUAUUUGAUCCCUAGAAUUAAACUUCAGGUAAAGCCAGUACUAUAAUACAACAUGUCCUUAAUUUCCUAGUUUGUGUGGUUUUAUUAGUUCAAGUCCAAUCAGACUGAAUUUGAGGUGUAAAUUCAUUACCACCAGCAGGAGGCGACAGCCAUGCGGAAAAUGUUCGCCAUAAGCUUUUAUCUGUGAAUUAGCCAGUAGUCUGUUUUGAUAUUGUUAAUACUCAUUUGAGACGUAUAUUUAUACUUUUGUUUACCAUGCAUGCACCUUUAUUUUUGCAUAUGUAUGUUGUUUAUGAUCUCUGUCUACUUGAUAAACCUUUGACUAUGUCCUGUGAGUA